AUGUAUCGGUUGCUACUCGGCACUGCUCUCAUCUUCAGAUUCGGGAGAGCAUCCCCAACUUCAGCUCCAGAUAGCGGGGAGAUUAGUUUACGAGAUCUAGCGGAACCGCGGUUUUUUGGAGCGGCGGCAAACACGACAUUCUUGUUUCAUGAUCAGAACUACACGCGGUUGGCGGAGACGCAGUUCUCGAUCUUCACUCCCGAAAACGAGAUGAAAUGGGAAAACAUUGAACCUUUCCCGAACGUCUUCAAUUUUACGGCUGCCGAUGAGAUUGUGAGGUUCUCUGAGUUUAGUCAUGCGAAAGUUAGAGGGCAUAAUUUCAUGUGGGGAAACCAACUGCCGCCUUGGGUCAACGAUUCUCUUUCGGCCACCGAGUUGGAUCGCGUUUUGAAGAAUCAUAUCGACAAGAUUAUGAAUCAUUAUCGUGGAAAGCUGUAUGCUUGGGAUGUGAUUAACGAGCUUAUUAGUGACACUCCAAACGCAACUUUCAAAGAUAUUAUCUGGACUAGGAAAUUCGGGGAGGAAGCCAUGCCGAAAGCUCUGGUGUACGCUCGGCAGGCAGACCCGCAGCCGAGACUGUAUAUUAACGAUUACGGUAUUGAAGGGAUCAACGGUAAAUCUAAUACCCUUUUCGAAGUCGUGAAAUCGUUCAAAGAAGAUGGUAUCCUCCUUGAUGGCAUCGGAUUCCAGUGUCACUUGACACUCGGCCAAGUGCCUCCUGAUCUACAAGAGAACCUACAGCGAUUUGCAGACCUUGACUUGGACGUUGCCAUCACGGAGCUUGAUAUUAACUUGCGAGGGCCAGCGAACGAUACGGCGCUUGCGCAACAGGCCAAGGAUUAUGAAGAAAUUGUGAAUGCGUGUGUGGCUGUGAAACGGUGUGUUAGUGUGACGGUCUGGGGCGUAUCUGAUGACCAUAGUUGGAUUCCUCAUGGAGAAGUGUUACCUUGGGAUGGGGAAAAACGGCCAAAGCCGGCAUUCUUUGCUAUCGCGGAAGCUUUCGGGGAGUCCACUAGUUCGGGUUGA